ACCAUGCACAAAACUACCCUUUCUUAAUCAACCACUGCUACUCAUUCUCCUCAAAUGGCUUCAUUUAAUACCUCAUCCUUGUCCUUGAAGAGAUCAGAUUCAAUCACAGAUAGCAUGCCAGAUGCCUUGAAGCAAAGCAGGUUUCAUAUGAAGAAAUGCUUUGGCAGGUUUGUUGCAAGUGGGAAGAGGUUAAUGAAACAAUAUCAUGUGAUGGAUGAUUUGGAGAAAUCAGUUGAAGACAAAGCUGAGAGGAAAAAACUUUUAGAUGGCAUGUUGGGUUACAUCUUCAGUUGCACUCAGGAAGCUGCUGUUGUUCCACCGUAUGUUGCUUUUGCAGUUAGGCCUAAUCCUGGUUUCUGGGAAUAUGUUAAAGUGAAUGCUGAUGAUUUGCAAGUGGAAGGUAUUGAUGCAGUGGAAUACUUGAAGUACAAGGAACUGAUAUUUGAUGAGAAAUGGGCAAAUGAUGAAAACUCUUUGGAGUUAGAUUUUGGAGCUAUUGAUUUCACCACCCCUCGCAUGGUUCUUUCUUCUUCUAUAGGUAGUGGACUGAACUUUACCACCAAGAUCUUGACAUCAAGGUUGAGUGAAGGCUCCCCAAGCGUAAAUCCUUUGCUGGAAUACUUAUUGAGCCUUAACUAUCAAGGAGAGAAUCUUAUGAUCAAUGACACUUUGAAUACCAUGCCAAAGCUUCAGCAAGCGCUGAAGGUGGCUGAAGCCUAUGUAUCUGCACUUCACAAAGAUACACCAUACCACAAAUUUGAAGACAGAUUCAAGGAAUGGGGAUUUGAUAAAGGUUGGGGCAACACUGCAGGAAGGGUUAAAGAGACAAUGAAAUUACUUUCAGAGGUACUAGAAUCUGCAGAUCCGGUGAAAUUGGAAUCACUUUUCAGCAGGCUUCCAAACAUGUUCAACAUAGUUAUCCUCUCUAUUCAUGGAUACUUUGGCCAAGCAGAUGUCCUUGGAUUGCCAGACACAGGAGGCCAGGUGGUAUACAUUCUUGAUCAAGUGAGGGCCUUAGAGGAGGAGCUACUUCAUAAGAUUGAGCUGCAAGGCCUUGAUGUGAAGCCUCAGAUUCUAGUGGUAACUCGUCUUAUACCAGAUGCCAAAGGAACCACAUGCAACCAAGAACUGGAACCUGUCACACACACUAAGCACUCCAACAUUCUCAGGGUCCCUUUCUAUACAGAAAAGGGAAUGCUUCGUCAAUGGGUCUCCCGUUUUGAUAUCUACCCUUAUUUAGAAAGAUUUGCUCAGGAUGCUACUGCCAAGAUUCUCGACCUCAUGGAAGACAAGCCUGACCUCAUAAUUGGAAAUUACACAGACGGAAACUUGGUGUCAUCCUUAAUGGCCUCGAAACUUGGAGUGACUCAGGCAACCAUUGCUCAUGCUUUGGAGAUGACCAAAUAUGAAGACUCAGAUGCCAAAUGGAAGGUGCUUGAUGAUAAGUACCACUUCUCAUGUCAGUUCUCAGCUGACAUAAUCGCAAUGAAUUCAGCUGAUUUCAUUAUAACUAGCACAUACCAAGAGAUAGCUGGAAGCAAGCAGAAGCCAGGACAAUAUGAAACACACACUGCAUUCACCAUGCCUGGACUUUGUCGAGCAGUCUCCGGCAUCAAUGUGUUUGAUCCAAAGUUCAACAUUGCUGCACCUGGAGCUGAUCAAUCUGUCUACUUCCCUCCCACAGAGAAGGACCAGCGGCUGACUUCAUUUCAUCCAGCUAUUCAAGAACUACUUUACAGUAAGGUUGACAGUGAAGAACACAUAGGAUUUUUGGAAGACAUGAAGAAGCCAAUCAUAUUCUCCAUGGCCAGGCUUGACAAAGUGAAGAACCUUAGUGGCCUAGUUGAGUGGUAUGCAAGAAACAAGAGGCUCAGAAGCUUGGUGAACCUUGUGGUUGUUGGAGGAUUCUUCGAUCCUGCCAAAUCCAAAGACAGAGAAGAAACUGAGGAAAUCAAGAAGAUUCAUCUGCUAAUGAAGGAGUACAAUCUCAAGGGGCAAUUCAGAUGGAUUGCAGCUCAAACUGACCGCUACCGCAAUGGUGAGUUGUACCGGUGCAUUGCAGAUACAAAGGGAGCCUUUGUGCAACCGGCAUUGUAUGAGGCUUUUGGUCGACGUCAUUGAGGCAAUGAACUUUGGAUUCUACCAACUUUUGCAACAAAUCAAGGUGGACCUGCAGAAAUUAUUGUUGAUGGGGUCUCAGGUUUUCACAUUAGUCCUUAUAAUGGAGAGGAGUCAAGUGAUAAAAUUGCUGAUUUCUUUGAAAGGUGCAACACUGAUUCUGAGCACUGGAACAGAAUGUCAAAAGCUGGUCUUCAGCGCAUCAAUGAAUGCUAUACAGGAAGAUAUAUGCAAACAAGGUCUUGAACAUGGGAUCAAUUUAUGGCUUCUGGAGAAGGUUGAACAAGGAGCAAAAGUUGGCAAAGGAAAGCAUACAUCCACAUGUUUCUAUAAUCUUCAAUUCAGAACUAUGGUAAAUAUAUUG